AUGGCGGACGCAAAGAUCACCGAACUUCUCAACAAACCCCGCAACGAACUCACCGAGUUCGAAGUCGCCCAACUCGAAGAACACGAAUUCACUUCUGGGCCCCUCUCUAUCCUGCAAACCGCAGUACGCUCGCACACACAAGUGCUGAUCAGCUGCCGUAACAACAGGAAGUUGUUGGCGCGAGUCAAGGCGUUUGAUCGGCAUUGCAAUAUGGUAUUGGAGAAUGUGAAGGAGAUGUGGACGGAGACGCCGCGGGGAAGCGGGGGAAAGAAGGGUAGGGCGGUCAAUAAGGAUCGGUUUAUUAGUAAGAUUCAUCUUGGUACUUCUGAGCUGAACGGUCGAUUUGAGGUAACUUGGAAGGUUUAUGAGGGUUAG